GUUUUCGGUGGGUGUUUUGUUAUGGUUAAUCAAAAGUGAAGUUAUAUUAUUAUAUUUCAAUAAUUAAAUGAUUGUGUUAUAAAGUAUAAAGAUGGCUGAUAAUGGGGCUGGUGCCUCAAACCAGCGAAACACGCGUAUAAAGCAGUCAAAUCUAGAAUGUAAAAACCUGUAUGAUUACUUAAAAUCUCGACCCUCAAAUGUAUUAGAAAAACUUUACAAUCAUCCUACAAUAUGUUUAGCUGUUUAUAGAGAAUUGCCGGACCUAGCAAGGCAAUAUGUCAUUCGAUUAUUAUUUGUUGAACAGCCAGUGCCGCAAGCAGUUGUGGCCUCUUGGGGUUCCCAAACUUUUUCAAAAGAACAUACCUAUGCUACCAAAGUUUUAGCGGAACUAACGUUAUGGCAGGAGGCAGCUAUACCUGGUGGUCUUUUAGGUUGGAUAUUAUCUCCUAUGUUUAAAAGGAAUCUCAAAAUUGCAUUGCUUGGAGGUGGCAAAGCAUGGAGUAUGUCUUCAGCAUUAGAAGUAGAUAGUAAGGCUAGAGAUGUUGCUUUCCUAGAUACCUAUUCUCAAGAAAGAUGGGAAUGUGUCUUACACUAUAUGGUAGGUUCCCAGCAGCAAGAAGGAAUAUCAGCUGAUGCUGUGAGGAUUCUUUUGCAUGCAGGUCUGAUGAAACGUGAUGAAGAUGAUGGAACAUUAGUGAUAACAAGACAAGGUUUCCAAUUUUUGCUUUUGGAUAGACAGGCACAAGUCUGGCAUUUUUUACUUCAGUAUUUAGACACAGUAGAAGAACGUGGUCUUAAUUUAGUCGAGUGUCUUACUUUUUUGUUUCAACUUAGCUUUAGUACCUUAGGGAAAGAUUACAGUACUGAAGGUAUGAGUCCAGGAUUGUUGAUAUUUUUGCAACAUCUGAGAGAGUUUGGUUUAGUUUAUCAAAGAAAGAGAAAAGCUGGGAGAUUUUAUCCUACUAGGCUAGCUCUAAAUAUAACUAGUAGUCAGAAUAAAGUUACAGCGGAUAUUGAAGAAGAUCGUCCUAAAGGUUAUAUAGUAGUUGAAACAAAUUAUAGAGUAUAUGCAUAUACAGAUUCUAAUCUGCAAGUUGCUCUAAUCGCUUUAUUUACAGAGCUUAUGUAUAGAUUUCCAAAUUUAGUGGUUGGUGUUAUAACAAGAGAUUCCAUUAGACAAGCUUUAAAAGGAGGAAUAACAGCCGAUCAGGUUAUAGGUUUCUUGAAGCAGCACGCUCACCCUCAAAUGUUAGAUGCAGAAGCUAAACAACCUCUUCCUCCAACUGUAGUUGAUCAAAUCAAACUAUGGGAAUUAGAAAGAAAUAGAUUAACAUAUAAUGAAGGAGUGUUGUAUAGUCAGUUCCUAUCUCAAGCAGAUUUUAAUGUACUCAAAGAGUAUACAGAAUCAAACGGUGUUUUAAUAUGGUGCAACAAAGAAAAGAGGACCUUAGUUAUUAAUAAAUCAGCCCAUGAUGAUGUUAAAAAGUUUUGGAAGAGGUAUUCAAAAGGAAAUUAGAUGUAAGAGUAAUUUAUAGUUAAUUUUAAUUAUGUGUAAAAAUAGUCAAUACAUUUUUACUUUUUA